AUGCCUGCUCUUUGUGGAGGAUCUAAAACUGUGCAGCGAAAGCUGGUGUUGCUCUACUUUCCUACUGUCUACGAACCCACCGUCUUUGAGAACUACGUCCACGACAUCUUUGUCGACAAUGUGCACAUCGAGCUAUCCCUCUGGGACACAGCAGGCCAGGAAGAAUUCGACCGACUACGCUCCCUAUCCUACGACGAUACAGAUCUCAUCAUGCUCUGCUACUCCGUCGACAGCAAAGACUCGCUCGAAAACGUCGAAUCCAAGUGGGUAGGCGAGAUCGCCGACAACUGCCCCGGCACCAAGCUCGUCCUCGUAGCACUCAAGUGCGACCUCCGCGAGCAGGGCGAGGAGGAGGAGAACGAAUCGGGCGAACCUCGCGAGAAGCGCCCCACGAUCAACUACGACCAGGGCCUCGAGGUGGCGCGCCGCAUAAACGCCCUCCGGUACCUCGAGUGCUCCGCCAUGAAGAACAGAGGCGUCAACGAGGCCUUCACCGAAGCGGCGCGCGUUGCGCUCAGCGUCAAGAAGGAUCGUGAGGAGGGCGGAUGCACGGUUAUGUGA